ACUUUAAAAGAGCCUCACUGUCUUCAUGUUCACGCUCUGUAAUAUGCUGAAGAUGAAAGCUGACAAGUGGAUCUUCCUUUUCGCCCUCUGGCUCAAGUGUUUAUCAUCAAACAGUGAGCACUUCAACGAAAGACCUUGUGAAAGUUUUUGUGAGACAUCUGAACUCAUAGUGACACUUGGCUCCUCGGUGCUCCUACCAUGCAUCUUUUCAACAAAUAGCAACAACAGGGUCAACUGGAUCCAUAAUGGGGAGGACGACCUUGUGAAUAUUUCGUCCAGCGGCAAAGUUACAUUCCCGAACCCUAGACACGGCCGAGUAAAAGUCUUUCCAGUCCAGACCUCGGAGGGGAACUACUCCAUCUGCAUUGAUGAUCUAAAAAAGUCUGAUCUGGGCUGUUACCUCUGCAAGCAGACAGAUGACUGUUUUCAAGUAGAGUUGUUGAGAGGAAAAACAGGUACACUAACUGAAGAGAUGCAGCAGAUAAUUUUCAUCUGCACUGGUGUGACUGCACUCAUCCUGCUGAGUAUCGGUGGUUACUUCUGCGGCGUGAAUUGCAUAAGGCACUGUAACAAAACAACACAGGACAACCUUGCCAAUGUCAAUGCAGUUACUGAAGAUGCCAGAGCUCGUUCCACGGCAGUGGUUAACGCUCAACCACAGGAAGCAAGAAUGCCAGUACAAGAACAUCAGAUGGAUGUACACAAUAGUGAUCUUGUUUACGAAAAUGAUUACCCAUAUCCUGUCAACGGAGACAUAAACAUAAAUCAUGGUGGUCUGCCAGGACAUCUGCAAAAUCCAAGUGGGACUCAGCCCGGCCAAAGUACCAGUGGGAUUUAUCCAAACCUGGAAGAAUUCCGUUGUCAAAGGGUGCAAAGUCAGAGAACAAGACAGAGAUUUCACAUAGAGCUCUUCAGCAGGUUACGCCAGUCAAGUCUCAGUCGGCAUUUCUAUGUCAACCAGGGUGAGCUGAGAAAGCAAGCCAUGGCAGCACAAAAAGAGAACCAAAGAGCAGGGAUGGGGAGGAAGAAAGCCAAAGACAACUGUGAUUACAAAAACCCCAUUUACAACAGGAGCACAGACCAGCUCAACCAGCUGUAGAGGAUUAAUGAUAAACAAUAGCUACUGAUAAAGGAUUUUGUUUGUAUUUUGAUUGUGCUGUAUUUCACUGCAUACUACAUAUGUGUGUCUGCUGCUUAACUGUAACUGCUAUCAAAUAAAGCUCAUCAAAACAACAGUGUCGCAUAUAAAUUAACUAUAUUUUUAAAACGUUUCUCAAACCAGAAUGACUCUCUUUCCUCAUUCUUGUUUUGUGUUUGGCCUAAAUUCAGAAGAUGGUCUAGUCCAGUAUGUGAGAGACGUAAGACCCAAUCUGUUUUCUUAGACUUCUCAUGCAGAUGUUAAUGCCUCCUGGUGGUCAGGAAACAUGAGUAUAUGUUAUAUUUUUUGCCAGAAUUCAGUUAAUCUGGUGGUAGAAGAGAGGUCUAUGGUGAAAAUAUAUUUUUACACACACAUUCCAAUAACAUUAACACUUUAAAGUACUCAGACUUUGCCAUUAGACUGCAACAGAGGUACUUUUGCUAUCCUUAAUGGCACUGGGCUGCUUUGUUCAGAUUUGACUUAAUCAAACAAAAACUAUUAAGGUAUGCUGAAGCCCCACUUGCUCACAGAAUAUGUGUCUUAAUAGGCACUUUUUAAUGAGACCCAAUGGAUUUGCUUGUGUAUUUCUCUCAAAUGAAAGUGAGUCGAAACACAGAUCUGAACCUACAAUCAGUUAUCUGUAAAAUCCUUCAUGCACAGCCACACAGAGCUCUGACUCCAGGUUGGUUUGACGACAGGACGUUCAAGCAUCACUUUUGCACUGGUUUUGGGGCUACUUUUCAUUUCUCUCUCUUGCUAAUUAAAAUGAAUGAGAAGCAGCUGCUGCGCCUGUCACAGAGUAUCAGCAACUAAAAAAUGAAGGCCAACCACGCAGAGCUUAUUUGGGUGGGAUUCAUUUAUCUGUCACUCCUUUUUCUGAAAUGUGUAACCCAGGCUGGAUUAAAACAUCAUCAAGCAAUAUUUACCACCACUGAGGAUAGACUGAUUUGUCAUGAAGACUUUAUGUCUGUUAACAUAUCAAAAGAGCAAUUUCCCCAUCUUCCUCAUACCAUUUAUGUUCAAGAUGAGCACAGCGGAUAUUACCAGGCCAUUGCUAUAGCAAAACUUUGCGGCUACUUCUUUGAAGAAACACAUUCCUUUGUCAUCUUAACAGUUGCUUCCCGUGGGUGUUUUGUAAAAAGACAAUAGAAAUACAUGACAAGUCUCACUGUAGUACUUGUGGAACAUGCAGAUGAAGGCGAGCCUGAGAUUGUCCACUCAAUACAUCUG